GGUGGUGGUGGUGGUGAUGGGUUCAUAAGCUGCACCAAAUUCACACUGCUCACCUUAUUUGCAGCAGUCCUUCAGAUCACCGGUCUGUCCCUCUUCAUCUUUGGAUUCUUUCCCAUCCGACCCGCUCUCUCCGGCUUCAGUGGAACAGAUAGUUUCCAGCCUCCCUCAUCAUGUGCUUCAGAUCCAUCUCAUCAGAAUCACACAUCUCUGCAUCACCCCGACCGCCUUAAAUCGUUGUAUCAGGAACUUUCUGAAAUCCCGACUUCUUAUGAUCGACUGAUAUUAAUGGUUAUUGAUGGUCUUCCAGCAGAGUUUGUUCUUGGAAAGGAUGGUCAGCCUCCAUUAGAAAAGUUUAAAGAUGCGAUGCCUUACACCCAAUCUCUAUUGGCUAGUAAAAUAGCUUUGGGUUACCAUGCAAAGGCUGCACCUCCAACCGUUACACUACCACGCUUGAAGGCCAUGACUACUGGGUCAAUAGGGGGAUUCUUGGAUGUUUUGUUUAAUUUUAACACUCAAGCUCUUUUGGAAGACAAUAUUAUAGGUCAGUUCUUUAGAAUAGGUUGGAAAAUGGUUAUGCUUGGGGAUGAAACAUGGCUUAAGUUGUUUCCUGGAUUAUUUACAAGGCAUGAUGGAGUUGGUAGCUUUUUCGUCAAAGAUACUGUGCAAGUGGAUCACAAUGUUUCUCGGCAUUUGAGUUAUGAACUUAACAAGAACGACUGGAAUCUUCUGAUUCUUCAUUAUCUUGGUUUGGAUCAUGUUGGACAUCUUGGUGGUCGCAGUAGUAUCUUGAUGGGACCAAAACUCCAAGAAAUGGAUGAAGUUAUAAAAAUGAUUCACUUGAGUACUAUCCAAGCUCAAGCAAGUGGCCAUGGACGAACUCUAUUGGUAGUAGUUAGUGAUCAUGGUAUGCAAGAAAAUGGUAAUCAUGGGGGAUCUUCAUAUGAAGAAACUGAUUCACUGGCUCUUUUUAUUGGCCGAAGAAGCAGUAAUGUAUCAACUUCAUAUGAUACUAUUAAUCAGGUUGAUAUUGCUCCAACAUUAGCUCUUCUUUUUGGGGUACCUAUCCCGAAAAAUAAUGCUGGCUAUCUGAUUUCUGACCUUUUUCAGCCACUAGAAGAUCACCAGCUAUUAAGGGCAAUGGAACUGAAUUCGUGGCAGUUGUUGAGGUUACUUGAAGCCCAAUCAACCGAUUCUACCUGUGGAAGUUUGGAGGACACAUCUUCUAGGUUAUAUCUUGAUGCUGCCUCACUCCAUAAAUCUUGGAAGUCAAAGAAUGUCUUAAGGUCUGCUACAAACGAUGAUUUUAAGAGCAUUGUUGUUGCGUACGGUGACUUUCUAAGAACUGCAAGCGAGCAGUUGUCACACUCAGCAACAGAUAAACCCAUUGUCUUACUUGCUAUUGGGGUUAUGACAAUGAUUCUGUCAUGUGCUAUGUUUUUGGGCCUCCUUUUCAAACUGGGCCAAGAAAUUUAUGCAAGUGCACAAAUCGACACGUUCCAGUUGCCCGAGGCGUUUGUAGUGACAGUUAUCGUAAUUCUUGUGUUGAGCAUGGGUUCAAGUUCUCUGGUUGAAGAAGAACAAUAUCUAUGGCAUUUUCUGACCACAACCCUUUUUCUAGUAUUACUCCGCAUGACGAUAAAAUCAACUGCUGUUAAACACAAUCGAACCUAUGUUCAAUUAUGUUUAAUUGCAGUGAUUAUCAUUUCUGGAAGGGUUUUAAGAGGUUGGCAUCAAGGUGGUGUUAACUGGACUCAUCUUCCCGACAUUGCUAAAUCACUUGAGAUUGGCGGGAGUUCUCACAUAAAGUUCUUCCAACUUGUCUCCGUGGUGGUUGUAAUGAGCUUAUGCUUGUAUACUCUUUCUUCCAUAAGGUUUAGGGGUUAUAUCGUCAUUUGGAUUGGUCUAGGCUACUUAUGUGGUGGUUUACUGAUUCUACAAUAUGUAGCAAAGUAUCAGGGUAGUGGGGCUGUAGCAUCUGAUAUUGAGGCGAUCUUAGUCAUACAGUUAAUCUAUGGAUUUCUCGGUACAUGUGUAACAGUAACGAUUAUAGCAGCACCAUGGUUUAUGUCAUUUCAGAGCAAGGAUUUGUUUUUGGCAAUUAGAGAUUCGUUGUAUGUUAGUGGGACAACAUACAUGUUUGGGUGGUGUCUUCUGCAACUUAUGCUACAACAACCUGUCAAUGCAAUGCCUAUAUCACUGCUUCUUGUGCAAAUCCUUGCUACCAUUAUUUAUUUUUCUCGUGGUGGUUCAGAUGUGAAGCAGUGGGUUGAGAUUGCAGUCAUUUAUUAUGUGGGAAUGGCGGGUCAUUUCAGUCUUGGAAACACCAACACUCUAGCUACCAUCGAUGUAGCUGGAGCUUUCAUUGGAAUCUCUACUCAUUCAACAGUGCUGAGUGGAUUAAUAAUGUUUGCAAUAACAUACGCAUCUCCCAUUCUAGCUCUCCUAAGUAUAACUAUGUCGAUUUCUAUGAAAAACAUUAACCGGGUUUUAAACACCCAAGAAGCAAAUAUGGGACAGCUUCUUAAGAAGACCCUGGGCUUCCCUUGUCUAGUUCCACUGGGGUUGAAUUCUGUACUUUUAGUUGCAUACACCAUCAUACUGCUCCUGAUGAGGAACCAUUUAUUUAUAUGGACCGUCUUUUCACCAAAGUAUAUCUAUGUUGUAGUCACGACUGCUUGCGUCCUUAUUGGGGUGCUUUUUCUUUCUUCAACAGUGACUUAUAUCAUUUUAACAUCAAUUUUUCUGAGGAACGUCUAUACAAGGAUUUAACAUCAUGAGUUAUGGAAGAAGAAAAAUAGUUUUUUAUGAAGAUUCGGCUGUAAAAUAUCUCUGGCAGUCUGGCUUGCUAAAUAUCUUUCUGGCAUCGGGGUUUUUGCUGAAAGUUGGUUCAUGUUUUGUAGAAUUUUUCAGAGUCUAGGGCUCUAGGCCUGUAGGGUUAGUACUGUGCUUCAUCAUAUUUUGUACAGAAAAAAGGAAAGAUAUGUGUUGGCCAGGGAAAACUCUGAAUUUUGGGCAUAGGUUAAUGGGAGCAUGAGCAGAAAACUCUAGAACAUGGAGCGGCAUAAACAAGUACUCCGUAAUAAUUAUGCUAGUACAGCUGAGAAUGUCAGCUCUGUAGUAGGCUAAGAAUAGCAUAUGUAGACACGUUUAUAUUAUAUAUAUUUUUGUAUAUAUCUUAUCAUGA